UGACUGAACCGCUGUGAGUGCCGGACGUACGUAACAUGUUUGUUAAUAAUAUUUAAUAAUUAUUUAUAGACAGUCCAAUGAAACUUUUUUCUACCUUAUUCACGCAGUUGUGUGUCCAGUGACUCUAAUAAGUGCUACGAAAUAUUUCUGAAUCAUUCGAAAGAAUGGACAAAAAAAGAAGUAUUAAUAAAAAUAUCAGUGAGACAAUGAAUGAAUCUUCGGUGAAAUAUUUCUUUUCUUUUUAUUUUCAACAAUGAAUGAGAAAAAGUGUAAAUGACAAAAGUGUGAUAUAUAAGUUGAAAAAUUAUAAAUCAAUUUUCUACAGUCAUUUACACCCAAUAAAAUGAACUCCUGACGUGUCAAAAAAAAAAAGAAAUAAUAAUGUGAAAAUAUGUAAUUUUUCGACAUAAGUGCAAUAAUCGGGUUUUUUCUGUCUCUUUUCCAUUAAAGAAAUAGUAUCAAAAUAUAACACUUAAGAGAGAGAGAGAAAAAGUUGAAAAAAAAAACCUGAGAAGUUACAAAUUGAAAGCACGAGUUCUUUUUUUUGUAUGUAAUUGCAAUUGAAUGGAAAAAAGUGAGAUAAAUUAAUUGCAAAUUGAAGUAGCUAUCAUCUCUCUUUUUUUUUCAUUGGGGGAUUUCAUCUUAUCAGUUUCGAUAGAGAAUUGAAUUUUCUGAGAGAGAGUCUAAUAGUGAAACAGACAGUAUACGGAGUUGGAAUUUUUGUGUGAACAUUUGGGGGAGCGCAAUGCGUGGAAAAGGAUGAAAAAGAGCGUGGUAGAGCAGAGUGUGUUCAAAAAUAGUAUCACGACCAGUGAUGACGAAUGCUUGUGACCGAGUGAUUGGUGGAAGAAGAAAAGAAUGGCAAAUUGUCGAGGAGGCGGAAGUGCUGGCAAGGGAUUUAUGGAGGAAAGUACUGUAGAUAGUGACUACAUAAGUAUACAAGUUGAUCGGGGAGGCGGGUGUUUGGCUAGUAGUCACAAUGAUGACUACAAAGGUGGCCUUUUGAGUGACUAUGCGGAAAAGUGUGGUCAGAAGAAACGAGAAACUACGUCCAUUCCAUUUGAUUCGAGUGGUGGCUUUGGCAAUACCAUCAAAGUUCUCAUUCAGAGUGUUACAUCAGGUUCAAGGCGCCUGGAUCACUCACCACCGACAUUUCUUCACUCUAUCAGUGAAGAAUCCGAUGUCCAGGAAGAUCUCACACCAAUUCCCACUGAAUUGGAAUUGGAACUUGAGGCAACAACAAGGAUUCGGGAAUUAAGCACCAAUGAACCUGAGAAUCACUCUCUUAGGGACUUUCUCAGUAAUUUCUGUUCACACAGAGAUCACGUGGAGAACCCUGUGAUUCCUGACAAUUGUGAUCAACAGCUAAGUGAUCAGUGUGAUAGUGAAUGUGAGGAUAUUCUCAAAACGGAAGGAGAAUCUUCGGACUAUUUGUAUCAUAUUGCCAAAGAACCAACGGGAAAUCUCUAUUUGCGUGUUAUCAAGCAUUUAAAAGACAAUAGAGUUCUCUCGGGAAAUCGUGUUAGCCAAAUGAGCCGCACAUACGAUGAUAUAGAGGCAAUCACGGGAUUGUUGGAAGAGAAGCAGAAGGAUCUGGAAUUGACGGUGCAUAUUGGGAAUCAAUUGUUAGCCCAGAAUAAUCGUUUGGAGUCACGUGUGGCCGAAUUGGAGACUGAAGUGAAGACGGCAAAUGAGAAUUUAGCCCAAUUGUCGCAUGAAUUGCAUCAGAAGAAUGAACUCCUGGCCGUACUCACGAAUGACUGUGAUGAGAGUGGGAGUGAAAAUGUCUCACCAAGUGCAUCCAAGUCGAUAAAUCUGGAUUUGCUACAGAAGAAAAUUCAUACGCUUGAGGAGGAAAAUAAGCAAUUGCGAAUGGAGACGGCAGAGAUUGCCAGGGAAUUUGAUGAGGCGGAAGAGCAGGAGAGGAAACUGGUGGCGGACAUCACACAUCAAUUGACAAGCACAAAUACCCAAUUUGAGGGAGUAAACUUAGAAUUGGAGCGAUAUAAGGAGGAAAACCGACUGCAACAUGAGCAAAUAAUGAAUUUGACAGCGCGUCUCGCUGAAGCAGAAAUGCGUUUGCAUCAAAUUACAACAGAGAAUGAGGCUCAAUCUUCACUUUUGUGCAUCACACAAGAGAAUCAGAACCUGCUGGCGGGAGAAUUGGCUGAGUACAAGACACGCUACCAGGAAGUCGUUGCAUUGCUGCAUGAGACUCAGGAACAGCUGAAGAAGGUGCAGAAGCGUGGGCAUCCAACUGUCAGGAGUUCCCUGAUUCCGGGCAUGGGAAUCCCUCAGGUGGAUUCGCUACAGUCAGAAUUGAUGGAGUCUUCUCUGUAUUCGGACAACAGCCUGGAUUCGGGGAUUGCUUCUGAGAGGGGUGGAACGGCUGGUGGGACAACGCCUGUGUUCAAGAAGGUCUUUGAAACAGUCAAAUGUGCCUCGAAGGGCAGCAGUAGUCAGGAUUCCUCCAGUACAGUGUCCAAUUUGGGAGCAAUGUCAAUGACAUCACUUUCAUCACAGCCACGAAUGUCGUCAUUUGCGAGUGUGUCGACAGUACCCAAAACCACGAGAGCAUCUACAAUGAAUCCCAUGUGCGUGGCCUAUCCGACCUAUGACAGUUCAAUGGGAGCCAAGACACAAUCCCGUGAGAGUCUCAUUUCGGACUCCGAUGACAGCUAUCCGGCUCCUUCGGGAGCUGGAGUUCCGGGAGUUCCGGGAGCCAAAGACCUCGAGGCAGCUCUGAAGCGUCUGACGCCGUCGGAAGUGCUCGCGAGACGAGCAAUGUUAUCACAUGCUCCAGCUGGAACGUACAGCUACGAUGAGAUGGGAUCGGGUGUUCCGCUGGGUUACAGAACACCUGACAGCAUCAUGAGUACGGGAUCUUCCGGCCUGUCACUGCACCAUUCAACGUGGCGCCUGCCAGAGAAGCUGAAAAUUAUCAAGCCAAUGGAGGGAUCCCAGACACUGCAUCACUGGUCGAGGCUGGCUACACCGACUCUCGGGGGCCUCUUGGAGGAAAGACCCGGCGUCAAAAUCCGCGGCGGACGAGAACUCGAUGAACUUGGUUUGCAGACUUAUUCGCUGUCGGACUUGGAGGAAGACGCUGAAGAACAUCCCGGCAAGAGAUUCCAAGCAUCUGGUUGCAUCUAUACGUACACCAAUAGCACAGUAAUGCAUCCGGACGAUGGGACUACGCUGAGUUUCAGCAUGCCCCAAUCCCAGAUGACAUCUCAAGUGGCGUCUGAGUGCAAUUCGCGACAAUCGACGGCUCCACCGACGCCGCGUCACAGUCUCUCGCGUCGCAAUUCGUGUUCGACGUUCUCAGUGAAUUUGGGCUUGGCCUCGAUGCUCAAUGAACGCGGAAUCAAGGCAGUGACCCCCAGUGCCCUCAACACACCCGCUGGCCCCAAUUUCUCACCCACAGUUACUCCUUGCAACAGUCCAGAAGGCUCUCCGACGCGGUCUCUGUCGCCUGAUCCGUCCUUUUCGGGUUUCCUGUCAUCAGGUGCUGAUAUCUUGCGUCGCAAACUCAUCGGUCACGAUCCUCAGCCCGUUGAACGUCCAUCGCGCAUGAGUGUUCACAACAAAAUCAGCCUGUCACGUCUGGAACGUCGAGCUCUGCGCUCCAUUAAGUUAUUGGAGAAGGUUGAGGGUUUGGGUCUGGACAAUGUUGUGGGCGGUGGGAAUCAGACACAAAUGAGGGGAAUAAGUCCAUUGGCAGUCCAUGGAACAGCUACAUCACUUUACCAUUCACGAUCCCGCAAUGCCAGUCCGAUGGCUCAGUUGACGAGUCUGAAGAAUCUGCCAGCUACUAGUGGUGGUAGUCAGCAGGGAGCUGUACUCAGCAAUGAUGCCAUCAAGGCGAUUCUGAUGAAGAGUGGUGGCGGUAGUGGAGCUAGUAGCAGUGCUGGAGCAUCGAGUUCAAGUAUUGAAGAUACCAUGGGAGAUCGAUCGGAUGUUUCUGAUGGAUCUGAGACAAUGGGAGUGCCGGCAAAACCGGGAACGGGUGCUGUUGAGUUGCGUGUAAAGCAGAUGCAGCGUCAGAAGUCACGAAGGAGUUUGAUGAGUGGAGCUAGUGGGGGCCAGAGGCCAGAUUUGGGAACGGUGGGAAAUAAUGGGGGACGCAUGAGGAGAGAUUUGGGAAGGGUUGCCAAGGAACCUGACAAGGAGGAACAGCAAAAACAAACGAGUGCUUCCUCCUCUCAGGGCUUUGUGGGUACAAUCAGUUCGUUGCUGUUUGGACGAAAGGGUGGCCUGCUCUAGGGGACCCGGGAAGAUGGUGCUCGACCCAGGUAAGACAGUCACAUGAGGCUGUGUUCUCUACAAAAAUCCCUUUUAUUUACCUUUAAAAAAAACUAGCUCCCUUACUUCCUUUUCGCCCCAAAAGUUUCUUUACAAUUUUUUUUAGUAGUAGUUGCUUCGUAAAAUGGUCAAAGGAAAGAGCGAGAGAGAUUUAAAGUACAGAAUCUGUGUCAGGAUUUCUCAGGACUAUUUUGUAGGAUUUUUUUUUUGUCUUUUUUACGUAGAAUUUACAUUCCACAUUUUUCUUUCUCUUCUUUCACCUUUAAUCUUUUUUUUUAAGUAUUAGUAGAUUGAAUUAGGACUUUUUUUUUUAAUUUGAUAUUACUUUUUUUUGUUGGAGAAGAGAAAAGUGGUGGCAAAGACCAUUUUAUGAUCGACUUUACGCUUGAUAUUCCGAGUAUGCUAAUAUUUAGCUUCUUGAGUUUCUUUUUGUUUUGGGUCAUCGAAUAGCAUUAAAAAAAAGAAAAGUCAAUAGUGCUGAUAAAGAAAAACUCUCAUAAAAGUGCUUUUUUUUCCUUAGAAUUUGAACUGAUUUUUUUUGUAAUGAGAGAAACAGAUAAAAAUCUUAUUUAUUUUGCAAAAAAAAUGAAUGUGAAAUAUUUCUUGUUAAUUUUUAUGUCAGGAAGAACCUCUGAAAAUAAGGUUUGAAAAUGUAUUUAAAAUGCGUUGGAAAAAAAGGGAAAUGAAGAAGAAAAAACGAAGUGAAUUACAGAAAAAAAAUAUUUAAAACAAAGAAAAAAACAAAGCCUAGAACGUAAGACAAAAAAAAAGUUGUUAGAAAGUUUAGAGUUUCUUCAUUAAAUCUUUAUCUCGAGAGAAGUCAAAAGAGAAAGAAGACGAAGAGAGAAAAAAAACAAACAAGUCGCUAAAAUACUAAUCACAAUAUUUAGAGAAAAUUUUUAUUUCUCCAAAUAUAAAUUGUAUUUUUUUUUUUGUUUUUUAAAUGGUUUUUUGCCUCGUGAAAGAGAAGAAUUGUGAUUGAAGAGAACUCUUAAUUUAAAGCAAUUUUAUUUAUGACUUAGUAUUUGAAGAUUUCUUUUUUUUUUAGUUUUGACUUUCCACUCCAGCAAAAUGUAUGAUGUAAAUAAGAAGAAAAAAACUGAAUUUCAGAAGGAUAUUCAACAGGGAAAAAUAUAUUUUGUUUUUCCCUGGUGAAUGAAAGAGAUGUAAAGAGAAAUGGUAUUUAUUUGAAGGUGUUUUACCUUUUUAAUUUAUAUAUUUUUGUAUGAUGCUGGAAAGGUGGAAAAGUAAUAGAGAAAAAGAGAGUUCUGGAGUUAUUUUGUGAAAGAAAGAUAGUAGACAUUGUAUGAAAUAUAUCGUUAUUUUGAAAUAAUAAAUGAUAGCUUAAGAAAUCACAGUGAAA